CAACAAGUGAUUAAUCUGAGUCAAAGAUAUCUUACGCAGAAACAGAAAAAACAAAAUGGCCACCAUUGUUUCUCCUCCACAUUUCUCCCCUGUCGAAGACGCUGAAAACAUCAAGGCGGCUUGUCAAGGAUGGGGAACCAAUGAAAAUGCCAUCAUCUCGAUCUUAGGACACCGGAAUUUGUUCCAGAGGAAGCUCAUAAGACAAGCUUACCAGGAGAUUUACCAUGAGGAUCUCAUUCACCAGCUCAAAUCUGAGCUCUCUGGCAAUUUUGAGAGAGCUAUUUGCUUGUGGGUCUUGGAUCCUCCAGAGAGAGAUGCUCUCUUGGCUAACUUGGCUCUUCAAAAGCCUAUUCCUGACUACAAGGUUCUUGUCGAAAUUGCCUGCAUGAGAUCCCCUGAAGAUAUGUUAGCUGCUAGACGUGCUUACCGUUGCCUCUACAAGCAUUCUCUUGAGGAAGACUUGGCCUCCCGUACUAUUGGCGACAUCAGGAGACUCUUGGUUGCAAUGGUGUCUGCUUAUAAAUAUGAUGGAGAAGAAAUUGAUGAGAUGCUGGCGCAAUCAGAGGCUGCGAUUCUUCAUGAUGAAAUCCUUGGUAAGGCUGUUGAUCACGAAGAAACGAUCAGGGUGUUAAGUACAAGGAGCAGCAUGCAGCUUAGCGCAAUCUUCAACCGCUACAAGGAUAUAUAUGGCACAUCGAUCACUAAGGAUCUCCUCAAUCACCCUACAAAUGAGUACCUGAGUGCACUACGUGCAGCCAUCAGGUGCAUCAAAAACCCUACCCGGUAUUAUGCAAAGGUUUUGCGCAAUUCAAUCAACACGGUGGGGACUGAUGAAGAUGCUCUGAACCGUGUGAUUGUCACACGAGCAGAAAAGGACCUGACGAAUAUAACUGGGCUGUACUUUAAGAGGAACAAUGUGAGUCUCGAUCAAGCUAUAGCAAAAGAGACAUCAGGGGACUACAAGGCCUUUCUUCUAGCUUUGCUAGGACAUGGAAAACAACUUUAG